AUGGCCACGGAUAUUACUCCACUUCUACCUAGCCAGAACAAUAUUGGGCAUCAUGAGCAAAAACUUUUUAGCAUUGUUAAUGAGUCCGGGCAAGAAUCAAAGAGGUUAUGGAAGCUUGCAGGGCCAGCAAUUCUUACUACCAUAUGUCAAAACUCGCUUGGUGCACUCACUCAAACCUUUGCAGGUCUCGUCAAUGAGGUUGAUCUUGCUGCUGUUUCUGUUGAGAAUUCUGUUAUUGCUGGUCUAGCAUUUGGGGUCAUGUUGGGAAUGGGGAGUGCAUUGGAGACACUAUGUGGGCAAGCAUAUGGCGCUGGAAAGCUGAGAAUGUUGGGCAGAUACAUGCAGAGAUCAUGGAUCAUUCUCUUGACAACGGCUUGCUUAAUGAUACCAAUUUAUGUUUGGUCUCCUCCCAUGUUAGAGCUCUUUGGAGAGACGACUCAGAUAUCUGAAGCUGCUGGGAAAUUUGCUCGGUGUAUGCUUCCACAAUUGUUUGCUUAUGCAAAUAAUUUUCCCAUUCAAAAGUUCUUGCAAGCACAGGGGAAAGUCAUGGCCACGGCCUGGGUAUCAGCUGUGGUACUGGCGUUACACCUUCUGCCAUGA